AUGCAAGAUAGAGAUCGUAUUUAUGACACAUUUCCUCCAGUUUUCAUAAACAAGUUUCUAAGACUGACAUCGAUUAUUGAUUGUUUUGAGGUUUUUGUGGAAUCACCCUCAUCUCUUUUGGCAAGAGCAAAAUUAUACAGCCAAUUUAAAAGACAUUGUUUAAUAAAAUGUAUGACAUUCUGUACACCCUGUACAGGAUGUAAGACAUUUUAUUGUACAAUCCUGUACAGAACUAUUAAUUUUAUUUCUAAAUCCUACCGAGGUAGAGCUUCAGAUAAUCGAAUAACGCAUGAAUUAAAGUUUGCAUCUAGUAAGUAUCAUAUGCCAGGUGAUCAGUUUCUAGCGGAUAGAAGUUUUACCUUGCAUUAUGAUGAGGCUGCUGGAAGCUGCUCUUUAUUGAUAAACCCAGCUUUUUUAAAAGGUAAAGCUCAAUUCUCUGCUUCAGAUGUAGAAGAAUCAAGUAAAAUAUCGUUGGUAAGAAUUUAUAUAAAAAGAGUUAUCAGACUAUUAAAAGGUCGCUAUACGAUUCUCGAAGGUACUUUACCUCUGCGAACAAUUAAAACAAUUCUGACGAAUUAA